UGUAAUCCGGCGAUUCAUUGAGGCAACUUCAUUCGACCCGCCCGCUGCUGCCAUGACGGUUUUUGGCCACCAUAAGCUCAGCAGCAUCAAGUCGAUGAAAUUGUUCAUCUGCUUAGUUGGCGUGACGUCGUUUCUGCUGCUGAUAUUCUGCCUGUACACUACAAUAAGUACGCCGGAGAAGGAAGUGGCACCGCUCUCGCUGCCCAACGAUGGGUACCAGAAUGUGGUCUCGUACGAGUUGCGGCGCAGCCAAACGAUCGUGCCGGAGAAGUACAAUGAGCACCAGGUGAGGGAACGCAUCAUUCGCGACAAAAUCAAACGACUAGUGGGCAGCAACAAGCCACCACAGGCCGCCACCGGGGGACGGUCCUCGUCUUCGGACCAUCGGAACAGAACAUUCACCAAGAGCCGGAACGUGCACAUCUUUUACCACGGCUCGGUGGCGUGGUACAAACCGACGGAACCGACGCCGCAUCCGCCGGGCGGCGGUAAGCUAUUGGCGCGCAUUUACGCAAACAGUUCGGUUUCGUUUCGACCGCACGAUGAACCCACCGUCGUCAAUACGGCUUUCUAUCCGAAGCGCAAACUGUACAACACCAGCGAAGCCAUCGUGCGCGAGCAUUUCGAUGAAAUUCAGAACUGUGGCAUCGGCACGGUCGUGCUCGGUUGGGAGCCACACUUUUCCGAGUACCAGCUGCGAAUGAUCUUCAAAGUGGCGCACCAUUUCGAUCUCAAAGUCGCCAUUGAAGUGCUAGAGUACCCAGAUCGAACGAUCGAAAGCGUGCGAAGCAACAUCAAGUACUUCGCGGACACAUUUGGCGACACAACCGGGCCGCUCUGCUACUACCGUGUGCUCUCGAAACAGCGUAAUCUGCCGCUGUUCUACGUGCGAAAAGCGUACCGCAUCCCGGACUCCGACUGGAAGCGACUGCUGAACCGCAACGGAAUACUCUCGAUCCGGGGAACAAGCUACGACGCGAUCGUGCUAGCACACAUCGCCUCGGAGGAGCACAAAUCGAUGGUCCGCCGGGCUGGGUUCGACGGGUUCUACACGUAUCUGCCCAGCAAUGGUGCCAGCUAUGCGUCCACGUGGAAGAAUUGGAACGAUCUGAAACGGUUUGCCGACAGCUACCGGCUACUGUUUGUGCCCACGAUCGGGCCCGGGUUUUACGAUCGCAAAAAAUACCAACGCAAUGUACACCAAAACCACGGCAUAACCAACAUCAAACGGUACCGCUCGAAUGGGCAGUACUUUGACGUGGGGUGGCGCACGGCCCUGAAGAACGGGGCCCAGAUCGUGACCAUCAACAGCUACAACAACUGGGUCGACGGUACGCAAAUCGAGGCCGCGAUUCCGGUGUUUGGCUUCCGCGACUAUCUACCGGGGCCGCCGGAGAAAUAUCUUGACCUAACACAGUCCUGGGUGGAGGAGUACAUAAAGUACAAGCUGAACAACAUAAGGAUCAACAAGAAGACGGAGCUCACGCUCAACUGUUACGAGUUCAUCAACGCUACCAUAUGCUAG